UCUCUAAGCACCGAGUCGGGAGGUGCGUGCUCCGCCCCUUUUUUCCGUACAAGGACACGAUGGAGUGGGGGGCGGGGCGGAGGGGAGGCGCCGCGAGCCCACUGGGAACGCUUGAAUCUCUUCAGUUCCGCGGAGAAGCGGAGAAGGCUGCACGGCCGUCUUGGGUGGAGGACCUCUAGGGACCAUCAGAAUUCUCCCCCUCGUUCCCCGGAGCGCUUUUCCAUCCGCCAAGCCCCAGUCACCAGGUAGGACUGUGCUCCUGGAUCUGGCCUGUGGGGACUGUAAGGGCUCUAAAUAGAGUAGAAGGCAUUGAAAUAACCUGUGCACAUCUAACUCACAGACUUAAUUUUACAGAGGUAGGGGUGACGGCACUUUAAAUUUUGUUGUUAUUUAUUGUGGCCAGUCAUUCCAGAGGAAUAUUUGGGUCACUGAAGUGUGUGUGUGUGUGUUGAGGGGCGCAGUUGGUGUAUGAGGGGGCGGAGAGAGAAUGGGAAGUGACGGACUUUGAUUCUCUUUGGACAGGUGGCCAUGGCCUCAUUGGCGACUCAGGGUCCCGGGGCCCCUGACUUCUUUUCUGGGCUGCUGCGGGCGGCUUCAACUCCGGCCAACCAGAGCUCAGGAGCCUUGGUGGGCAAUGGGUCGGCGGCUGGUCCGGGCGCGCAGGCCAUCGCGCCAUUCCAGAGCCUGCAGCUGGUGCAUCAGCUGAAGGGGCUGAUUGUGCUGCUCUACAGCAUCGUGGUGGUUGUGGGGCUGGUGGGCAACUGCCUGCUGGUGCUGGUGAUCGCACGGGUGCCUCGGCUGCACAACGUGACCAACUUCCUCAUCGGCAACCUGGCCUUGUCGGACGUGCUCAUGUGCACCGCCUGCGUGCCGCUCACGCUGGCCUACGCUUUCGAGCCACGCGGCUGGGUGUUCGGCGGCGGCCUGUGCCACCUGGUCUUCUUCCUGCAGCCCGUCACCGUCUAUGUGUCUGUGUUCACGCUCGCCACCAUCGCGGUGGACCGCUACGUCGUGCUGGUGCACCCUCUGCGCCGGCGCAUCUCGCUGCGCCUCAGCGCCUACGCGGUGCUGGCCAUCUGGGCGCUGUCCGCGGUGCUGGCGCUGCCGGCCGCCGUGCACACCUACCACGUCGAGCUCAAGCCACACCGCGUGCGCCUCUGCGAGGAGUUCUGGGGGUCCCAGGAGCGCCAGCGCCAGCUCUACGCUUGGGGGCUGCUGCUCGUCACCUACCUGCUCCCCCUGCUGGUCAUCCUCUUGUCUUACGUCCGGGUGUCGGUGAAGCUCCGCAACCGCGUGGUGCCGGGCUGCGUGACCCCGAGCCAAGCGGACUGGGAUCGCGCGCGACGCCGCCGCACCUUCUGCCUGCUGGUGGUGGUGGUGGUGGUGUUCGCCGUCUGCUGGCUGCCCCUGCACGUCUUCAAUCUGCUGCGGGAUCUCGACCCGCGCGCCAUAGACCCCUAUGCCUUCGGGUUAGUGCAGCUGCUCUGCCACUGGCUCGCCAUGAGCUCGGUCUGCUACAACCCCUUCAUCUACGCCUGGCUGCACGACAGCUUCCGUGAGGAGCUACGCAAGCUGUUGUUCACCUGGCCCCGCAAGAUCGCGCCGCACGGCCAGAGCAUGACAGUCAGCGUGCUCAUCUGAUGCCACUGCGCCAGGCCUUGGGGAACUCCAUGUCCGCUUGUCUCCGAGGAUGCCCACCCGAGGCCGGACUGGAGAGUUUAUUCCAGAGCUAAGCUAAUACUAAGCCAAUAAGGGGCAAAGCUUCCAGCCCAGCCUUCUUGUCCAGCUGUCUUUCCUUGUCCUGUGUCUUUGUAAAAUGCUAAGUGGGCUUUGUUGAGAGUCUUGUGCUUUGCUUGCAGGAGGCCGGGGAGAGGGAAAGAGGAUUUAUUAUUUCCUCCGUUUGCCCUUGAAGGCCAAACAAAGCUCCUUCUCCUGGUUCAAAACAGUAUUUCAGGACCGUAGCUGCCUUCCUUGUUCCUCUUCUGCUUGCUCAAUGGGGAGAUGAAGGAGCAAUGAGCAGGGGGUUUAAAAUGGCUUUGUUGGGGUUGGUAGAGCUUCUCAGGUUGCCUUUUAAAAGGGGCUCAGCCGAGAUACAAUUGCUUAGUCAAUUUGAACCCAUUAAUUUCUGGGAUUCCAGGGAAAUAUGUACUACAACUCUAGGAUUUCAGCAUUUCCUGAAUAAGACCUUUAUAUGCCAAAGGGGUUUUAAUUUUAAAUCCACUUGAAUUUAUAGUACAAAAACACUUACAAACCACCUUUCAAGAGGUUUUGCUACUGUUUUCCCUCCUCCUUAUCCCCCAAUUUCUAUUUGAAAAUGAUGAGCUGAAUUAGUCGAUGAAGAUAUAGAUAAAUAGGGAUAAAGAGGAAAAGGUUCAAAUCGUUUGGGGGGAUAUAUAACUGCAUGGGACACACACCCUAUCCGCGAGUAUGCUUGUAUAUACACACCCAGUGUUUGCCACAGGCAGGCACUCAAAUAUUUGGUUUUCUGGAUACGCAGUGUACGCUGUGUGCCGUAGCGUAAUGCUCUUUCCUGAUCUCGCAGCGAAUCAACAGCUGUCAACUGACUGCUCAGCGCCUGCUCUGUGGUGACACACUUGGAACACGAUCAACUCAGAAUAUAAGGAAGGGGAGAAGCUUACUUAAAUCCAGAACAGAAGAGUAAAGUGCCACCUACAGGGUGCACAGAUCAAACACUUAAUUCCUUUCCGGGUGAAGGGAAGAGGUGAUGACUGUUGGGCCAUGAUACCAGGCUGCUAAUCCUUACCUUAACAUCCCAGGAGCUCUUUGAAUGAGGACAAGGGUUUCCACAUUGAUGUUGGAAUAAUGACAGUGGCAGUGAAGGCAGGAGUCUUGGGAAAUGAUACAUGAUAUGCAGCUGUCAGAUUAGCCCUUGUGGCAUAUAGGCCAUGGACUGGUGUGUCUGCAGCCAUUCAGCUACCAGCUGGAAGAUUCCAGUACUACUCCAGCACUAAACAGCAGAACCAGUGCUUUCCCACCUCUCCCCUUCUCUUACUCUCAAUGAGCUCAUUCACUCAUUAAAGUGUGCCCCGAAAGGAAGGGAAAGAGGGGGUGAUUUGGGGAUGACAAGGAUUAUACCCUUUCACUCUGAUGUCAGUAAGCACAAUGGAAGAGUGGCUCCAUUCAUCGUUGGGCUCGUUAGCAAUGUGAGUCUUUAGUACUUAUAUGACUAGACUUUUCACAGCAUGGGGAAGGGCAGGAAAAGGCUGGAGAAAGGAAAAGGCAGGUGAACUUGGGAGAUGCCAUUACCUCUGGCAAUGGCGCUAAAACUAACUUUCAGCUUCGUCUGUGGAUUUAGGGAACAAAGAGCCUGUGCUCUAAUAAUGUGACCCACGCACAGCGUGAUGUCACUCCCCCACCCCAAAUGAGCUCAUCUCCCAGCAUCCCAGGGACUGGUUCCUGUGCUUCCAGCAGCUCUACUGUUUGGGAGACUCAAGGUUAGACAUUUCCUAUUUCCUCAGAUCAUUCUUUGGAUGGGUAUGUGUGGAGAAGGGAGGGAUUGGGGGAAGGGGUGGAAGUAGUUGGGGGAGGAAUCUGAUUAAUUGUGGUCUCUUCACUGGAGGGUUUAAGUCACUGGUUCUCAGCCCUGGCUGCUCCUAGAAUUACCUGGGGAGCUUUCAAAAAACAUCAGUGCCUAGGUCCUAUCCCCAGAGAGUCCAGUUGAUUUGAGAUGGGGACUGGGUAUCAGCAUUUUUCAAAGCACUUUAGGUGAUUUUAACAUGCAUCCAAGGUUAAAUGCCUUAAGAAUUAUUCUCUUUCUAAUGAACCUCAGAAACAUCUGAAUGAAGCUUUGGGAAUACUCUAUUAGCCUUUAGACAAUACCUGGUGGAGCACGUAGAGGUAAAUCCUAUAACAGAAUAUAUAGGUAUCCAUUCAACAGUUUCCUUACACAUCUCUGUGUAAGGCUCUGUAUGAGUCCAAUCAGUUUUUUUUUUAAAGUAUUGUCAUUCAAUUUUAGGUCAAUGGCGUUAUAAAGUUAUACACCAUGAAUUAUUCCAAAUCCUGGUUGCUGGCAUGUUAAAAAAAUUGAAAUGUUCCCUGAUAGUUUGAUUUAAGUCAACUGUGAGAGGAAAGCGUUCCCAUUAAUUACUAGAAAAGCUCCCACCAGUUUCUAUCAUGCCUACAUCUUAAGUUAAAAAAAAUUUUUUUUAACAUUUAUGUGGACUUUAUGGAGAGCCUAAAGAGGCUGGAGAAUUGUGUUUAUAAACAUCUUUACAAAUUAUGCAGAUUGGCAACUGAACAGCAACUAAUUAAUUCUUACCCUAUCUGAAAUCUAUUUGAGACGUGUCUGACUACAAAACAAACUGAUCAAACAAAUCUCUCAGAAGUGAGUCCUAGAGGAAUGAAUCCACAGAGGGUUGAGGUAGAACUUUUAAUUUAAUAUGGUAGUUCAUUUUAGUUAAUACCAAGUAUCCAGCCCUUUUCCUGCAAGGAGUCGUAAGGCUGGGAAUGGAGCCAGCCUGGUACUUGGCACUAGCCCUUUCUGAGGCUGAUGGGAGGUUCUGUACUCCUCUUUGCAAGUGUCGUCUCCAAGUCUUACUUUUGGCAGUCAACCAAUAGAUUUAUUUCACUAAAUCGGCUGGGGGCUGUUUCAAUAUGUGUUGGCCACAGUUACCUGGAAAUAGCAACUGUGAGAGAUGCUAAGGUAACUAUUCCAAUUGAUGUAACGUUUCUGAAUUUUUGUUCUUGUGGAUUUUCAGUCUGCUCUUCUACCGGGGGUGCUAAGUUCCAGGUUUAUUUUCUCAGGUAGGCUAGUUCACCACCUCUGUCCUGUGGCUUGCAUUCCUGAACACCUAGUAGUCUGACAAAUAUAAGUAAGGCACGGAGCUGGCGUCAAGGGGACCCAGGCAAGAGUGUGGCUAGAUCUGGGAGUGAACCAGGGUCCAUCCCCCGCAGAUGAGAGGUUAGGAGCACCUUUAUUCCCCAAGGCAAG